AGGGAAACAUUACCGGGUUACUGACUUUCAGUGAAUUAACCGGACGAGGGGACGAGGCGUUGGUUUUCUUCUUGCAUGUCGUGGGACUUUUUGAUUUUCAGGUAAAAACUGAGAAGUUUGGAAAAUGGCUGAAACCGAAGACAAGGCCGCUCUCUCUGGUGGCGAUACAACCGAUGCUUGCCUUUCCUACAAGACUCCUGCUCCCAAGUCGCUGAAAGAAAUACAGGAACUGGACAAGGAUGACCCAAGCCUCACCAAGUACAAGAAGUCACUGCUGGGAGACAGUAUUGAAGCACAAGCAACUGGUGAGGGUCCAAAAGUUACGCUGGAGAAGUUGGCUCUGGAGGUCGAGGACCACGAGGAUAUAGUGUUGGAUUUAAGCGGUGACCUUGCCAAGUUGAAGGAAAAGACCUUUACGAUAAAAGAAGGUGUUUCCUACAAUGCGAAGCUGACAUUUAAGGUGGAGAAUGAUAUUGUGGCCGGCUUAAGAUAUGAGCAGACAUCCCACAAGGGGCUCGUCAAAUGUGAUCAAACAAAGUACAUGCUGGGAAGCUACGCCCCUAAAAGCGAAGCCCAAAUCUACAGAGCACCCGUGGAGGAGUUUGCCAAGGGACUGAUGGCUCGUGGCCACUACACUGUCCACAGCAAGUUCGUGGACGAUGAUGAGACGGAAUUCCUCAACUGGGAGUGGGCAUUUGACCUCAAGAAAGAUUGGGAGUAAGCCUAGCUGUUGUUCUCACUAGCAGGAGGCAGAAGUGCAUUUUAUAACCAGAAGCUUUGUAGCAGUGUGUAUGUUUAACGAGUGGCUACAGAAUCACAGUCAUGGGUAGUGUUAUUCUACUAUCUUUGUUUAGGAUUAUUAGAUUGUUGUUUCUGGAAUUCAUGGACCAAUUGGGGGAGGGCAUGGUGCAUGCAUGCACCUGUUUCCCAUGUGUGUGGGGGUCUAGUGGAGUCCCCUCCCCUCACGUGGCACUCCUUGACGUUUCCCUCAACUUUUUUCUGGCAGUGUUGCUGAACUUCUGUGUUGAAAAAUUUUGAAUCGAUUAAGCAAAAUUCCUGUACUAUUACCUUCAUAAUACUUGCUGUUAAACAUUUGUAAAAAAUUUCACCAUCAAAUUUAGUCCAGAAUCCAAAAUGCUUACCUCCAGAAAUUAGGCACAAAUUCAGCUGAGUGUUCCUACCAUGAUGCACUUUGACAAAUCUCAGAAAAUCACUAAUCAACAUUAAAGAAUUCCUUUAAAGUUGAUGAAUGCUGGUAAAUCAUGACAACCUGUACUCACAUUGUGAAAAAAAGUUUGCUGAAAAAAUUCUUAUUUUUGGGCACAUUUUAAAGAGUUCAUUAUGCAUGUCAAAAAUAAUUGGAAAAAUCAGGCUUAUAUAAUUUGUAAAACUCUGUACAUAAACUCAAGGUUUAUGAACGGGAGUGUUGAGAGCUCGAUGAAAUUUUUUUAUCGUGAAAUCUGAGGUAAAAAUAUUUCCCUAGCUAGGCACUAGAGGCGAAAAUCAAAGUACACUAUGUUUAGGGUACAUCAACAAAAGAGCAUACAAAACCCAGUUUCAUCUACAUGUAUGUUGCUGCGUGUACUACCUUUGUAGGCAGAGGCAUACACCUGAUCACAGACACAUGGUAGCAGUGGAAUAUGCCUACAUCUCCAACUUCUCUCUUUUCACUGUUAAUGGGGCAGUGAUGCAAAGAAUCCAUAUUCAUAUCUAGCAAUCGGCAUAACUGGUACCCUGUGGAUUUAGUGAUUUCUUCAGCCAGAGGUUAAUUCAUCCUGCAGCUGUGGACCAAUUCAUUUUGCUGCUGCAGGCGAGUGCACAUCUUAGCCUGGGUGGAACACAAUCUGUAGGGAUGAAGUGCUUAUUUGUAGCAGCCUAAUGCAUUUAUGUCAUAUUACCAGGGGUUACUGUAUUUCUUAAGAGGAAGCUACUAACACUGCCUCUGAAUGUGUCUAGAGCUAGGUCUGGGUCUUCCCUCCACUGAAAAUAUGUGGAGACGGACUGACUGUAGACAUAGCCGUAACUCUGAAAACCCAUUUGGGGCAUAGCCUAAAUUCUGUAGCCACAGGCUCAAUCAUUUGUACCUAGACACUUGCCUACUAAGCAGCCUGCGAGCACUGGAUUCUGCUGGCCAAACCAGCUGUGUUCUGAAGCCUUAGGCGUAAAUGCAUAGAGCGUCUUCCGACACGGUACUGCCCUGCUUGCCGUUUGCCAGUGAGAAUAUUACAGACAUGGAUAAUGAAUGCAGCAUAUACGUGUACAUUAAAGCUAUAAAAAGAUGCAGAAAAAUGUUGAAUAUUAAAGGGAAAAUUAUCAAUGUUACUGUAGCAUCAAAGAGAGAACUGUUUCGCACUGUGGCAAAUACAUGUCUUUGUCUGGCUCCCUAAAGACACAUGCAUGGUUUUAUCAUGAUGGGCAUUACAUCUGUGGUAUUAGAAUAAUUUCUCAAUGCCGACAUUUUGAUGUUGUUUUUGUGAACAAAAACAGGUACUUACUUUUUUUAUUUAAGUCCGUUUGCAAUUUCAGGUGAACAUACGUGUACUUACACAUCUAGAUGUUCCACAUCGGUGAACAUUUGUAACAUAUUUUUGAGGGUUUUUGUUUGUUUCUAUUUGUAGCCAAAAUUGCUUGCCUUUUGUAUCAAGUUCAGAAAAGGCGAAAUCGCACAUGUACCCAACCCUUUAUAUACGCAUUUACCUGUCCUUUUGGUGUUUUUAAUCUAUUGUGCCAUUUUACAGUACUUUGUCUCACCAACAAAGUAUGCCAGAGAGUUACUUACAUGUACAUUCACAUCUUCCUUGAUUAAAGUUGCCAAAACUGAUAUUGUUACUGAAGAAGGACCUAUAACACUUUUUAAAAUUUGAAAAAAAAUGACCUUAGAUUGAGUAAUGCCUGCUCCACAUUUGGAGACAUUUAUAUAUAUAUAUUUAUGCAGUUACAAAGAUGUUUAAUUUUGAAAAACUUUUGUGUAGAUGAAAUGCUUGGAAGUUACAUUAGAUGGAAUUAUUUCACCCAAAAUAAUAGCAGUAGUUGGGAAAAAAAACCAAAUACGGAAUAUUCCUUUUGAUUUUAAAACAUUAACUUGCAAUGUUGAUGAUCUGACUGGAUUUAGUUGUGAACAAUUUACUCCACUUUGUCUUAUCAUAAAGGAAAGGUUUUUUUUUAUGUUUUGAUAAGCACAAACAGUAUAGAGUACCUAAGUGUGACGUCACCGUGAACCAGAAAGUGCAGCGCAAACGGAUGGAAAACGCGCGCGUGUUGGUUCACGCACUGGUUCACAAGCUCAAUGCCUUUUACACACUAAUUGUGCACGUGACGUAUUCACUUCGGUACUCUGUAAACGAGCAGUUGGAAGUAGUUUGUUUAAUGCAUAUGUGUGUUGUGUGUCCAAACACUCCACGGUUGGGCGUGUCUAGUGGAAAAGGCAUAGGCUUGUUCUUGCAAAUUCUGACCAUGCAUACACGACUUGGUCAUGUACACAUGCUCAGCAUUACUUAUGAAAAUCAUCUGUGUUCAGUUGAGGCGUGUAAGGGUGCCAUGCCUUGUGUGGACCUGGGAACAAAAGAUGUCCACACAAGUGACGAAGUGAAGAGGACUUACCUACGUCCACACAAGGUACCCCUUGAAAUUAGAGGUUUAGAGGUAUUUUAGGUUUAGAAAUAGAAACAAUAAAGGAAGCCAUCCCCAGAAAUCCAGCUUAAAGGAGUAUGCACAGUGCCAGAAAAUUAGGUUUUUUAUCGAGCUUCCACACUGCACAGAAACAAAGGAGAGCCCACUUUAGAUAUGCAACGCUAACAUGGGUAAAGUGGCGCAUGCAUUGAUUUUACCCUCAGUGCACUGUUUGAGUAGGCAGAGUUUCUUUGCUGUGCCAGUCGGUACAUAGUAGAAAUUUAGUUAACUAAAAAAUUAAAAACGAAUGUGUGCACACAAGAAAUGCAUAUAAUUAUAUGCAGAUGCAACUUCAUUACCUUUUAUAAUACAGGCUUCUGAAAGAGGGUACCAGCAAAAAAGAUAAUGUAGAAAAAAAAUGAUAUGGUUAAAAAAAGAGUUAGGUUAAUAUUUAUGUAAGUUUCAUAUUGUUUUGAUGUUUGGUGUUGCUUUCAGUAAAGCAGUUUUUUAAUUUUUGAUUUUUUGAAGGUAGAAUAUUGAAAUGAGGAUGAUAUUAGAUUCCAGAGUAUACGUGGCAGAUCAAGAUUAGAGAAUUUGAAUUUGAUACAAAUUUGACCAAAUCUAUUACUGAUAUAGAAUUUAAAAAUACAAAUGUAAUAUAUUUCAGUGCAUUUUGCUGUAUUGAAACUAACUUCCCAGUCAACAGCAUAAUUAUCAUUUUGUAAACUACCCUCAAACUACUAUACAUUUUGUGCUGAAAUCAAAUUAAUUUCUGUCUGGAAUUCAUUAAGGUGACUAUUUCCUUAUUUUCAAGUUGUAGCGAUGGAACAAUGAUAAAUUUUUUAUUUCGCCAUUUUACCUACAUAUUACCAUUGUGAACUAAUAAUGUUUUAUUAAACAGUUUAAUAAUGCCAGUCAGUCUGCCGAUGUGAAGAGGAGAAGAGCACAGAAUAUUUCCUCCAGUGUCUUACAGCUUUGUGGUGUAAAAAUGAAGCAGUGUAUGAAAUAAUGUAGUUUGUCUGAAAUGGCUGAAUUUGGCUUUCCAGAAGGAUAUAAUGUAGACUCUUUUCAAGAUGAGGGCUAUGGUCUGUCAAGGUUUGAUUGAGUUGUCUGGUGUUUGUGCUUUGAGAGUUUAAAAAAAGUAAAUGUAAGACUUGUGUGAAAAGUGAAGGUGGCUGCUUGAAUUAAGACUAUCCUUUUACACUCCUUAAGUGCCAUUUCAAAAUUGUUAUCAAAAUAUUUUCCAUGAAGUUAAUGCUUGUCAUUUACGACAUUAUCAGUAACAGAACAAAAAAGGAUAAAAGAAUCAACACAUGCUCUGUUUGCUUUGCACAUUGCUAAACAAUUAACUGGUUUUCAGAUAAUAACUGAUAAUCUUUGUUCGAUAAGAUUUCAGUUUGCAUGAUGGUUUGCACAAAAAUGGCUGAGUUAGGAUUUAAGAAAAUUAUUGUCUCACUUUUCUUGGCCACAGGUAUUUUUCAGAUUGUGAUCUGGAAGAAAAUAAUCCACUUUACAAAAAGGAUGCUUUUAUUUUAGGCUGAUUACAAGCAACACUUUGCCUUUUCUGAUGUCAUUGUUAAUGAUUGUGUGAGCGUUUUGUACAAGAAAAGCCAUAUUUUUUCCGCCAUCUUCUAAACAAAACGGCCUGUUGCUGGAAGUAGAUGUUUUGAAAGUAAACAGUAUUAGAAGUGUUCUUGCCUGAAUUAUGAAAACUAUUUGAUAAACCAGAAAAUUAUUUUGAAAAAAGCAGCAUUUAAAAUUAUUUUGUUUCAGCAGUAAUCUUGCCACAAUCAUUACAAGAAAGCUCUAGAACAUGGUGCUAUGUAGGUACAUGUUUAUCUGUGCGAAAUGUUUAGGUUUUAAACAUUAUUUGACCAUACUACAUCUGCAUAUGUAGGAAAUAUGGUUCUAAAAGUAUACAGCGUGAAGCUUUGUCUUUAAUGGCAAGUGUUUUAUUAAGAAAAAUGUCUUCCUUUGAAAGUAUGAUUAAAAAAUGCACCUGUACACUAUUGUAACGACAGUCAUAAGAUGAACGGUAGACUUUGUAUCACUUUGCCAUUUAGUGUAAAGUUAAUAGCAGCAUAUUGUAAGUGGUUAUUGCAUUUUGCCCAUAUGCAUGGUUUACUUGGAAUAAAACAGUCAACCUCCAGA